GUCAUUUUUAAUUUCAACCAGUCCAUUUCAUUUUUUUUAUUCUAAUAUCUACUUGAACCAACAUUAGCUGCUAACUAAUGGUCAAAAAUAUAGCCAGAGAACAGGCAAUAUGUAUUUUCUUUUGUCAUAAACACACAGAAUCUAACGUGAAAAAGCUUUUGAAAAGAAUGGAAAGUUUUGAAGAUGUCGACAUUUGCUACGACAAGAAUCCAUUGCAACCUAUAUUACUUUACAACGAGAGAAUAGAUUGUGAACCUUUAAGAUAUAAGAGAUAUAACACUAGCUCAUUUUUGAUAGAAAACUCUUUAAUUCAUUGACAUCAAUAGUAGCCAUUAUAACUUUAAAAUCAGUAAGUCGCCUAUUUGCUUCGUUGUUUGUAAUUAGGACGACAGUUGAAUAAUCUCAACUCUUCCACAUUACUUAACAAUUGAAAUAUAAGUCAAUGAUAAUUUUUUGCAUUUUCUUUUGAUUUGUACAGGCUGUAAAGAUUUGGAGCACCAAAUAGUCGUACUUCGCAUACAAUCUCUGGUUCAUUUGGAUUACUUCUGCAACAAAUUUCAACUUCCUCCAUCUUUGCUACUCUUUCAGUACAGAUUUGAGCAUUCUCUUCGUUCCUCACGAGAGAUGGUGUUCAAAUUAAAAUGACUUUGUCCAAUAAAAAAAAAAAAAAGGGC